AUGGUCACUGGAGCUGCCCACACGAGAAAGCAUCUCUCCUCAAAAAAUGGUUGUGCUCCUGGAUCGAACGGAUUAUUUAGCUACAGGAAAAAAAAUGGACAUUAUGUCGCCGAAUCUCGAGAUGAGUUCGAAGAAACCCCUUUCCUUGCCGCGGUGAUGACCUAUCUCUCCUAUUUCUUUUUAAUAAUUUUCGGUUAUUUCCGUGACUUUACGCGUAACCAUGGAUUAGAAAAAUACAAGGCAGUUAAAGAAAACGGCAAUGAGGUGAGAAAUAAUUUUAAUUAAGGUUGGUGGUUAUAUUUGGGGAAAUAGGUGAUUUUUGAGUGCUCAUUCGCUUUGAAUACAUCGAGAACAAUGGAAGUGAAACUCUGGCAAACCGGUGUUAUGUUACAUAACACGUUACAGCACAAAAAUAUUAGUAAAACGCCUUAUGCAGAUCGAUGGAGAAAUAUUUAUGUGAAAAGCAAUAAUGGCCUCUGGAAAAAGGAAUAUUGCUCUUAGCUACUCAUGUAUAAUUUGAACAGGUGACGAUUAGAGAGUCUUCAAGAAAUUUUAUAACCCGACAGCAAGCUAGGAGAACCUCGAUUGUAUCAGCCGAAGAAUCAGUUUAAAAUAUUUUUGCUUGGGUAAACUAGGAAAUUGAAGGUUUGGAUUAUUUGAAUAGUGGUUUGUAGAGAAGUACCUAAAAUCUACUUUUCAUUUGUUGUUGUUUCACAAUACUAUUCAAAUUUUUUUUCUAAACUUUGAACUUUUGAAACUUUACGCGUGCGCACGGCGCGUCUGAAAAGUGGCGUGAUCGCUAAAAUUUAUGCCGGCGCGUAAAAGUCACCUACCCCCGGUUGGGAGCGACUCUCGUUUAAAAGGGACGAGAAUACUCGUCGCAUAAUAGGAAUUAAACAUUUUAAGUCUGGUGAGGGCUCUGGCGUUAUUUUUGUUGUAUGUUUUUCAUUUUAGUUAAUUAAGUUAGAUACACGGCAUUCAUGGAAAACAGGUAUAGUUUAGUGUAAUUUUGUGGGUUCUUUCUACACAACCCUAAGCUAAACUUGUUGGGUGCCAAUAUUACCUUUCUAUUCUAAACAAUCUAAGAGACAACAAAACCUGCAAUUCAUCUCCCACCCAAAGUAAUAUGGCGGCGAGCUUCCGUCCCUUCCAUAUGGGAGUCCCCCCGGAUUCCAAUGAGAAGUGACUGUCAUGUUCACCUUAUUUAGAGCUGUGUAUUUGAUUUGAACCCGUCCGCUUAUGUAGUUUUUCUAGUUACACUUUUAGGUUCGGCAUUCAGAAAAUAUCACUUAGUAACGUGGUUUCAAAGUCCUAGUAGUAUUUGUAACAUAAUUAUUUUAAACACAGCUAUAAAAAUGCCGUGCCUGAUUUUGGCUUGUUCGGAAAAAGCGGCUUAUGUAUGUGGUAUUCGAUGGUAUGCAAAUAUUUUUUCGGACCUAACUAUAACAGAAACACUUCUAAGUUGUGGUGUAAAUUCUCAUCCUUCAACAUGUGAAUCACUUUUUAACAAUUGUUGCUCUUUUAAACUGAAACACUUCAAAUUCAUUAGUCCUUCUCGUUUGUUGACUCAGCUAUGAGAAUCGUUUUACAAUUUGCAGCUGCGGCGAGAUAUCGAAGAGCUUUCAGUUUUCUAUUUAUAAUUACUUAAUAGCAAGAUCGUCAUAGCGAAAAGGAAAAAAAGUAUAGUUCCCUCUUGCACCCUUGGCAAUUAAGUUUUUAAACAACUAUCUGCAAAUAGAGUUAAUGAUUUUUUAGAAGGUGCAAGACCUUGAACAAUUAUACUACGAUCAUUGAUAAAGAGUUGAGAAUUCCGUCCAGAAUUCUCAUAAGAUCUGCUCAGGUUCUGCCAUUAACUCUUUGGCUCUCAGAUUGUAGUUUUUCAAAAUCUGCUGCUAUCCUCUUUCCAAUUAUUACCGUCUCCGUUUACUGUCUCUUUUAGCAACGAGUUGAAUUCACUCUCGAGGACUAAUCGUUCGUCACUGAAUCGUACACGAAAAUCUCCCGAAAUUGUACCGAGCGGAAAGGAAACCCAGUACAGUAUAUUUCUUUUGUUGUUUUGAAUGCUUUUGAUGUUGCGUUCGUCGGCAAACGAGAAAAACCUAACGGACGCCAAAUUAACUUAUGCAAUCAUGCAAUUGACAAAAGCAAAUUUUUUCAGGCAAUAUUUCGAUAUAAGUUGAAUUUUUCUUGCAUAAUAUUUUCUUCUCAGAAGAUUGAAUGUUAAUAAAUGUUGUCUCUAAAAGGAUCGAAAAAGGAUCUCUGCUGACUUAGUUGUUAGGAUAUAUUUUGUAGCUGUGCCAAAAUUAUUAAACAAUCCGCUAAUUACCAAAUAGUCAAAAUGUCAGAAAAAAAACAACUAUCAUAGCGUUAUAUCAGAAAUGAGCGACCACAAGACUGAGCUUUUCUGAGAUACCAAAGGGUUCUACAACGCUUGCCUGACUUACACUUCACUUAAUGAUUCGUCUUUGCACGGCUUGCACGACCCUUAACUAAUUACAGAAUAAUUUGAUGGGGUAGGCCGGCAUUCAUGAUGUGCUUGUUAGGUUUGCUUUUGUUAUGAUGUACAUAGAGUGUUGGCAGUGUAAAUACAAUGAUCACACACAAAAAAAUACCAGCCAUGAAAAUGAUUUCCAAAUUUAAAAAAGGAAAGGUUUUUAGAGAAAUGUUUAAAGACGCAAUAAAAGACGUGUAAACAGACCGGAGACUCCAUAUUCUAAUUCUUGGGCGGAUAAGGUGGGUAUAUCGGAAAGUACUCGUUUUAAUGAUGUUUACUGACCAAUGAAGGCAAAGAAGAGUAAUUAAGCUGAAAUGACUUCGAAGACCUUCCAGAGGCCUGGGGGAAUAAGAGAACAUGUUGAUAAUGUCCUUUUAAGAAACAAGGGAACCGUUGAACAUUGUAUCGUGAAAAUCAAGGGGGAAAAUUUAACUUUUGUAGGAAGCAAGGGAAGAUAAGCCAUUCCCUUUCCCCCCCUUUUGGAGGCCCUCACUAUUGAGGCUCAUCGGCAUCGUAACGGUUUCAGCAUAAUCAACCCAUGUUAUGCAAACGGCCGAGAGUUGGUUUUCUAAAUAAUGCCGUGCAUUUAUUCAUUUAUUUAGUUUUUCGUCUUCGUUUUGUUAGGGUUUUGUACCACUCUACUCUGAUUUUGAGAGUUUCUACACCCGGAACAUGUAUACUCGUGUUAGAGACUGCUUUAACAGACCGAUCUGUAGCGUUCCUGGUGGAGAGAUAGACCUGCUUGACAGGGAAUCAGAGGACUGGAACUGGACCUUCAGGUAUGGUUACCCAGGCGCUUGUUAACAGGCUCUUGACCCUCGCGCUGAAACUGGGCCUAGUUGGGCAAAAAGUACUGGGACUAGUUUGGGAUGGACCUUAAUUUCGGCGCUUUUGAUUGCAAUCGCUUACUUUUCGCCGUAUACAGUCAAUUAUUUCGGACACCCUUAGCUCUGCUAUCGCGAAUCGGUGUUCUCAUUUCCCCACCUCAGAAGUUCAAGGGAGAAUACAAGCUUUGGCUGCAGUGGUUUCUGGCAACGUUUGGUUAGUUAUGAUUGGUUGAUAGUAUUCAAGGCAACCCACCAAUCAAAACUAACGCUUGUCCUCUCAAACGAUUCCAGAAUCGUUUCGCGGUAAGCUUGUACCCAUUCCCUUAUAGUUUCUGAAGUGGGAAAGCGAUCGCGAGAGUCCGUAAAAAUAGGGCCUGAGUAGAAUUUCCUCAGAGAACAUUUGCAUUAGAGAGGCAUGGCACAUAAAUGUAGGCAGCUCGAUUGAUGCGCAAUAUAGGAAUCGUGAAUCAAACCAAAAAGACAACUGGAUGUGAUGAUAAAAGACGGAUGAAUAUCUUUUUCAAGUUGUUUGUUAAUGUUGAAAGAUGCUGUUCGGUGUCCGUUAGAACAAGAUUCAGAAUAGACAGAAGCUGUACGUAGCUACGCCUGGGGGGCUACUUAACAUCAUUUUAUAUGGUAAGGCUCUACCUCGAGUUCUAACCCCUUAGUAACCUUUUAUAUACCACUUUUGGCAAAAAAUGGUAUCCCUUUCGUGUUCCUUCCAUAGAAAAAUGGUGACCAUUUCAAAUACCUACUAACAGUAAGUCUUGUUUUCAUUACAUGUAGCGCUUGGUAUUUAAAUUAAAUGAUACGACUGUGAGGUGCGUCUGUUCGAAAUAUUCUAAUUAAGGAUCUUUUAAAUAACAAAAUGACAGAUUUUUCUGCACUUUCACCAUAUGGACCAUCAUAGGGAGUACCCCGACCCGUAGCUUCGCCAGCGGGAGUACGUAAUUACUGGAGUUUUUUUUCAGUCAAAAAUCUGUAAUGGUCCAUAUUACUGGGGUGUCUGUAAUAACGAAGUUUCCGCAGUGCGAGAGUUCGGUGUACUUCAUCAAGGGAGCUAGUGUGUCGCAAAACGACAGCAGUUAGGCCUCGGCUGAUUGUGCUCCUAAAAGUGGCAAAUUAUGCAGAAAUUAAUGUAUAAGUCCCUAGAUUCCCAAAUUAUGCUCAUGAGUUUCUUUUACUUGGCAGUGGAAAAAACUUUCAGAAGCAUUUCGCAAAUAAGUGCCAAUAUUUUCGUCUUAUGUUCAAUGACGUUCCUUUUUCUUUAAAUUCACAGUUACCCUGGAACGAAGACCAGGGCGUUGAAUCUUGCAUCAUACAACUAUCUUGGGUUCGCCGAGAAUUCUGGGCCAUGUUCAGAAGCUGCUGAGCAGGCGGUUCGCAGUUAUGGUGUUGCAGGUUGUAGCCCAAGAAAUGAAUAUGGUGAGAGAAUAUUUUUGCAUUGAAAAUAAAUAUGGGAUUAUUCCCCGAUGGUCUAGCAAUCGUGCCGCUAUGUAAAAACUUUCUUUGCCCCCGUUCCGAUAUUUUUGUUCGACUUUCUAAAAGAUAUAUGACGACGAGGUAAGAUCCUUUUCUUAUCUCAUUUACGUCACAAUGUUAGCCUGUGGUCCGACAGGGACACUUUUGGAAAAUUGAUGAAAAUACCCGAAGGUUCCUCUAGUCAGUCACGAUACCUUUCGUUGGCUAGUCGGUCUACUUGUUCUGAGGAUCAAAACUCGUGGCAUCAGGCCUAAUCUGGGGUAUUAACGUCGCCUUUAGAUCGCAUAAUUUUUUCGCAAAUGUUUUUAAAGCCGCCUAAAGUCGCCUUAAAUAAUAAAAAAAGUCGCCUAAAGUUAAGGCGCCUUAAGGUCCCGGAAUAGGCCUUGGUACCUGUUUAAAAUGUUCACCUGCGAGUCACGUUUUGCGUGCUUGUUAUAUAAUAGCGUCAUUAUAAAUAGGUAACUUGGUCAUUAUAACAUGAGCAACGUGUCCCCGACAAAGAACUUGUACAGUUCCCAUUACAAUUUCCCCUAGCUGCCUUCUCUUUUUCCUUUUUUUGUAAUCUGUGUGAUAUUUAAAUUCUUAUUAUCAGGCACUCUUGCAAUUCACAACGAGCUGGAAGGCCUGGUUGCACGGUUUGUCGGUAAACCUGCAGCUAUGGUGUUUGGAAUGGGAUUCGCCACCAACUCCGCAAAUAUACCUGCCCUGGUGGGGAAAGGAGAUUUGAUCAUCAGUGACGAGCUCAACCACACCUCCCUCAUUUUAGGAGCGAGACUUUCAGGAGCUAAAAUUAAAGUCUUCAAACAUAAUGGUAAAAUGAACUUAAUAACUAUGUCUGGUGUAUAACAUCCGAUAAGAGUAUUAAGUAAAGCACCGUAGAUGGGUCGAUAAAGAGCUUUAGCAACGGCGACGGCAACGAGAACUGCGAAAAAGCGAGAGGUUUAGAUUAACAAAACAACAUCUCUGCGGCCGAGGAGGAUAACACCCUCCUCGAUCUACAUUUUUCUUCAGCAGAUAUUCAGCCUCAUUCAAUAAUUGUUUAUUAUUCAUUCAAAAUAAUUCCUAGUUUAAAAACAAGCUAAAACAUGCUUACUUCCAUCAAUGUUAAGUUCAUCUUCGAUAGUGCAUGUUUAGGAGAUAAAGGUUUGUUCAGUUCUGCAAAUAUUUUCCACUAUAGCAGAUGUCGUUCGUCGAGUUGUCUUCUUGCGGUUCUUGCUAUGUUUUUAGCCAAUAGUUCACCUACUUCUUCCUCGUGAAACAAGUGAAAUGUUCCGCCACUUUAUAGGUAUUCACUACCAAAAAUCCCAACCUCGUCCCCAGGUCUUCUCGGUUAACUGUUCAAUAAUCUGACAAUUUUGCUGUACGAUUGAGGUCAUCAGUUCACAUAUCGCAAAAUUCUUCCAGAUUUGGUCGACAGUAGCUGGUUAUGAUGAAUUAUGCGUGGAAUUUUAGCCAAUCAGAAAUGGAGAAAUAUUGUGAAUGAAUAAUAUUCCUAUUUUCCUGCGCCCGGUUCUAGUAGCACGCUUUCAAAGCACUUGGAGCUGCAGCAUUUUUCCCGUUUCUUUUUUCUUCACUGUUGAAUACCAUGUUUUCCGAUGUGCAUGUUUAACACCCGUAAACUGUACUCCCUCGCUUUACAAGUGUUCAACACCUGAGAUGCGGUGAGAGGGAGCGCUAACUCCGCUGUAGCCUGUUCGUGCCUUUUGCAUUGUUUCCCAUGCAGCCGAUUUUGUCUCGUCGCGCAAAGAUCCUCCCCAAGGGGAGGGGGAGAAGCGCUGGGUCACGAGACAAAAACGACUGCAAGGGAGGCUACCCAUUGCACAGGUUCAGCACAAGACUCAAUAGCUCUAAAGUCUGCUUUGCGUCCUGAUUGGCUCAAAGGGGAAGGUGCAACUUGAAAUGGAUGGCUUAAUAUUAAACAACCCUACUCCCCCGCGUCCAUUGUUCAGGCAAUGUCGUUUUUUAUAUUUUCUUUGUCUUCAAUAUUUUUUGCAGAUAUGAAAUGUUUAGAGAAGACCCUAAGGGAAGCUGUUGUCCAAGGACAACCAAGGACGCACAGAGCGUGGAAAAAGAUUUUAAUAAUUGUUGAAGGAAUUUAUAGGUAAGUCUAAAGGAAAGUUGCUUCGUCUGUCUCAAACCUUGGAUGUCUCUUUCACCAUAUGUAAUUAGAGAUAUGUCCAGGUUUACCCUGUUUCGGAAGUUACAAAAAUCACAAAAUUUUGAUAGAAUGUUACGAAAAUUGCGAAAAUAAGGAAAUUUUGUUAGGCCGUUGACGAAAAGUGACGAGGAAAUGUAAAUAAGGCCAAAUAAGGCCCUUGACGAAACAGGUGUGAAAUUAACCCAAGAGAGUCCCUACCGUUACUGCCCUACCUUUGAAGUUUCCCGCUCUUUCUCUGUCAUUUGGCUCGUUUCGUGCAAUUUCUUGAGGUAUGGCUCAUUCACAAUUUCAACACUAGUCACUGGAAUCUAACCCCUGUUGUCUUUUGCGUGAAGCUUUUCACAGGAAAACCAAAUUUUGCACAGGUACCUCGACCGCUGAUCCAAAAAGUCUUGCAUUCCAAUUCGAUCUGGAACGCACGGACACGUUUCAACGAGUUCUUAUGAACUCCUUAGUGCUCCGUGGGUAAACAAAUUACAAUUUACAAUUUUUUUUUUUUACAAUUUAUAAAAUUUUUGAAUCAUGAGAAACAAUUCAUAUUAAUGAGAUCAUAAUAGAAUCGCACCUUUUAAGAUAAGCCAAGAGGGUCUUGGAUUAUGGAUUCCACGCUAUGGAUUCAGGAUUCCAGGUACAGUCGACUCCCGAUAAUUUGAACCUUCAAGGGAAAUACAGUGGAGCCCCGCUCUACGGACACCCACUUUAUACGGACAGUUUCGUUUGUCCCGACAAAAAGCUCACAUAUUUUCUCUAAAAUUAGCCCGCUUUGUACGGACAGCGGUUAAUACGGACAACCGACACUUUUCUGUGUCCCGAGUCACAAACUCUCAUAUAUUGUCAACCCCGCUUUACGGACACUGGUUAUCUACACACUGUCUAUUUUCAUUGUCACAAUUAUGUGAUAAUUGUAGACAUUGUACCCUGUUCAAAUAAUGACAGAUUUUUACGGGUGAAUAAAAUUUUAUUACAGUACUAAUAAAAAAAAAAACAGUAACAAAGUAGCGUGACAUAUUUGAUUUUGAACAGUCUAUCUUUCUUCCGGUGUUUGACUCUUGUACUACGUGUAGUCCGUUUCUAAAGUUUUCUGCCUCCUGUUACACACGUUUCACUUCCUUUCUUUUUUUGUUGCAGUCAUUUCUCUUAACCUUCUUCCUCUUUGACGUUGUUUGCUUGCUGCGAGCUGUACCAAGAUCAUCCUCCGCUCGUAUUGCUAGGUUGUUGCUAACGUCUAGUAAUUGUUCAAGUAAAUCCACGUGUUUCCGAGGACCAUCAAAAAUGUAAACACAUGGUCAUGAUUUCCAUACCAAGACCUCCACCACGAUUGACUGCCUUUCCACAUACUUCUACCGAUCCUUGGUUCGUAAAACUGUCUGCUUUGGUCUUUAUAUCGAUAAAACAUGUGUUCCUGAUGUUUUCUCUGAGAGCCCGCUUAAUACGGACACCCAGAUAAUAUGGACACUAUGGCAUGUCCCCUUGGUGUCCGUAUUAACCGGGUUCCACUGUAAAAAAAAGUUCGAGUUAUCGGGAGUUCGAGUUAUCGAGAGCAAAAUUAUAUAGAAAAAGAUCUAGAGGGUUCGAGUUAGCGGGAGUCGACUGUACUGGAUUCCUGAUUUUUUGUCAGUGGAACGUGGUCUCGAGAUUCCAACUGUUAGGGGAUUCCGGAUUCCUUGAGCUGAAUUCCGGAUUACAAAGCCACAUUUCCUUAUAUGAGGCCAAAAGAAAAUCAUAAAAUCUAUCCUCUUACACAUGUCAUUUGGCAAACACUGCAAGUUUUGGCUUCCGGGAGUGUAAAUUUACACCCAAAUUUACAUCUUCUUUUAUUUUAUUUUUUUAAGCAUGGAAGGUUCAUUAGCCAAGCUCCCAGAAGUUGUUGCCCUUAAAAAGAAAUACAAAGCGUAUCUUUACUUGGACGAGGCUCACAGUAUUGGUGCCAUGGGUCCUCGUGGGAGAGGUGUGACUGAUUACUUUGGAGUGGACCCUAGUGAUGUCGAUAUCAUGAUGGGUACAUUUACCAAGAGUUUUGGUGCAGCAGGAGGGUACAUUGCGGCGUCUGAGGUAAGAGCCCUGGUGGCCCUGCGUAAAACAGGGGCGGAUCGAGAAAGUUCAGAAAGGGGCGGCGGGUACAUAUGUCAUUUAUAUAGAGACUAUUUAUAUAUAGAUACUAUUUAUUUUACCGAGCAUUCUCUAAAAAUAAUACAUUUCACAGAAAAUAAGUUUGGUCGCGGUCCACUCUCGGCCGACCACUAAAUCCGUCCGUGGUAAAUGGUUUGAACCCAGGAGCGUGUCAUAAGUAGGUAAAAUAUGAUCGUCUUGGGGAGUGUUGCCUGAAUAUGACUGUUGGUAGACGUGGCUGACGUUUUGAAAGCCUGUGUGAAAGUCAUUAUUAGCGCCUAAGUGAGUUCUGACUCGUCAGUGGAUAGUUCUAUUAAAAUCUGAAUAUUGACCUGAUUGCUCAAAUAGGUCGCUUUAGGUUUGGUCGUCUGUAAGUUUUGCCACAAUGUUACUGGCUGAAAGGUGUGCGUUUUGAUCCGUUUUUUGGGCUCUUUUAUCUUUGUAAUUUCGGUCGCAGUAUAGUUUUGAUAGAGUUGCAUCCAGUUUAUGAUUAUUGCUGAUUACUUUUUUCUGAUUCCCCCAAUUUUAUCGCAACAAGCAAGUGUCCCCCUCGCGUUUGUUUAAAAACUAAAUUUUUUUAAAUUGUUCAACUCCUUUCUUAUCACUAAUACAUGAUAACUGUUUUGUACUAGGAGAUAAUAAACCAUAUCCGUGGAAAAUCCUAUAGUGCAACAUACGCAUCCUUCAUGUCCCCACCAGUGGCGAUGCAAAUUAUAAAGUCAAUUAAAAUUAUCAUGGGAGAGGACGGUACGAAUAGAGGUAUGUAGAUCCUUCAAUGCAGUCCAGAUACUGUUUUUAUAUUGACGUUCAUUCGAGUUAAAUUCUGGAUUUGAAUACAGAGCAUUUAGUCUGCGAAUAAGCUCUCCAUUUGGGGGAGUCUGCCCCUCGCGGCGCGCUUCGCUUGGCAUAAAUGGACAGCUCGCUAUGUAGCAGGCUACAAAGCACUGGAAUCGACAAUCGGCGACAAUCGAGCCAAGUGUUAUUCCUUCUGUAACCUUAGAAAACUGCCGACAUUUUGCGACGCCACCAACGCGCGCAGAAAUUCCAUACUGAUGAUGUGUCACUACCCAGGUCUGGGGAGUGCAUCUGAUUGGCUGAAGAAAAAUUUCCCUCGCUGCACGACCAAUCAGAAGAACGACCCAGAUCUCUGUAGUGACACGUCAUCAGUAUGAAAUUUCUGCGGUCGUUCAAUUCGCAGACAUCAUUUCGCGGGAAACCUCCUUGGUGGCGUCGCAAAAUGUAUGCUGUUUUCUCAGGCCAUCCCUUCUGCUUCUUCAAUGUGAAUUGACACGAGUGUCCAUUUCUGUUUACGUACUGUGAAAGGAUAAUUGUUGCCAUGAACUGUUUUGUUUUUCAAUCAUAGGUAGACAAAGGAUUACGGCCUUGGCAGAGAAUAGCAGGUAAACAUAAAAUAUCAUGAAAAUUUGGAUAAAUUCCAUAGAAAAAAUACUACCAAAACCCUUAAAUAUUGGAAACUUGAUUAGCUUAAUAUGUUAUCCAUUAAAGGUGACAUAAGUGACUUUUCUGUCAUUACUGAGAGCAAAAUUUCUCUCCUUAAAUUAAAACAAUUUCGAAGUUUGACUAAGCUAGAGUUUGUUUUAUGUAUUUAUUUUGCACCACCACUUCUUACGUAAGAUUACAGCAUUACAUUCAAUUUGAGAUAAAAUUCACAGUACCAUAGUUACAAUACAAGAUAUCUUAAACUUGAAUAACAAUACAGUUUAAGUUGAACAAAAACACUUCCAUAAGAUAGGUAAUAUAGAAGUAGCCUGCGUACCCCUUCCCUCAGGAAAAUCGGUGAGCGGAGGGGGGAGGUCUGUACACAGGCUAUAUAGAAGGAUCAAAACAGUGAAUGGUGAGGAGAUCUCAGUAAGUCAAAGCUUUCCGGUACAAGGAGGUCCGACCAUGAUUUGAUCAUUGAUCAGAGGCACCCAACGACGAGUUCCUCCCAAAUACAUUAAAAAUACUUUUCUAGACUAUCCAGCUGGAGUACUUUUAGACGUUUAUAAAUGUAUUCUAAGUUGUGCGAUAAAAUUUGUAUCUGUUCGGUCAUUCUAGGAGAACUUAAGUCUCUUCGAAAUUGCAAGGGCUUUAGUAUUAUUUUCCCGAAAAUUUUAGUUGCAAUUUAACGCAUUAUGAAAGUGAAAAUAUUUUUUAAUCCUCUCCAUCACAUUUUUGAAUCCGAAAAUUUUAGGUUUCCUUUAUCCUACGAAAAAUAGCCUAGCCUAAGGUGUGAAAUGUGAAAAAUUAAACUUCAGAAAAACGUUGGCAAUUUAUUACAUAAGCUUCGAAAAUAUACCUUUUUACCGAUACGGCAGCCAUAUUGAAUUAAUUCGAUUUAAGGAGUAUUAUAGGAUGCCCAGGGGGCAUGAGCACAUUUCGUUUGUAUUUUUGAGCGCUUUUCGGGACAUUUUUUCUUAAAGUUUUCUUAGAAUAAGAUUGUAAUGGGAAAAAAGAUCCUUGUGCCGUGUUUGGAUGUAAUAAUGAUCACCUUUUUCUACUUUCGUAUUAGAAAUAUGGUCUUUCACUGUAUAUUUCUCGGAAAAAAGGCGAUCAUUAUUACAUCAAAACACGGCACAAGGAUCUAUUCUCCCAUUACCAUGUUAUUCUAAGAAAACUUUAAGAAAAAAUGUUCCGAAAAGCGCUCGAAAAUACAAACGAAAUGUGCUCAUGCUUCCUGGGCAUCCUAUAAUACUCCUUAAAUCGAAUUAAUUCAAUAUGGCCGCCGUAUCGGUAAAAAGGUCUAUUGUACAUGAAUGGAACGGUCAUCUAGAAAUUUUUAGCUGUCCUCGGGUAAUAGAAAAUUCUAGGCAAUAUUUGCAUCUCCGAACAGAUAUUUUACAGAAAACUGUCGCCAGGUGCCCCUGAUUGAUUGAAAUAAUUUAAGAUAACAGGGGGCAGAAAAAUACAAUAGACUUCAGGCAGUUUCAAAGGUAUGAGAAAGAAGGAAGGUCCCGAAGACGCUUUUUGAAAUUAGCAAAAAUGGCGGAACUAAUAGUGGUGGAGAUAAAUAUAUGAGUUUUGAUUGCGUACAAAAAUAAAUCAAAGCUUAUUUUAAAAUUUCUAAAGAAUAUAAAUGCUUUAUAUGAACCUCGCUCUUACACGCCGCUGUUUAACAGGUACUUUAGACAAAGAUUGAAAGACACGGGAUUUAUCGUGUAUGGCCAUGAAGCCUCCGCAGUGGUGCCCAUUCUUCUUUACUUGCCACAAAAUGUGUGUAAGUCAAAUUAGAAUUAUAGACGAUUUAUUUUCUAUCCUACUAAAAUUUUGCUUAAUGUCUGCGCUUUAAGAAAAUGUUUGCUCUUUUGCAUGGGUAUGAGAAGGUGUUUUAUUCCAAGUUUUGUCACUCACAAUCCAACUAUACUCUCUUUCAGCGCCUUCUCUAGGGAAUUGUUGAAAAGAAACAUAGCUGUAGUAAUCGUUGGGUUUCCUGCCACCUCUAUAAUUGAAGCACGGGCGAGAAUCUGUCUCUCAGCAUCACACUCGCGGGAAAUGUUAGACAGGGUAAGCUAAGGUCUGGUUGCAGGGGCGAGGCUAACUGUACGCACGGUACGCACGUGCAUACCAAAAAAAUAUAUAAUAAUUAUUAUAUAAAUUAAAUAAGCGAAUUGUCUGGAAAAAAGCAAAUAGAUUAAAAAGCACAACAUUUCUUAUUUCAUUUAAUUCUGCUUAUUUUUUAUGAAAUAAUAUUUUUCUAAAACAAAAGACUUUUCCUUUUUACACCCGAAUUUCGGUUUCCGGAGAAGAAACGCGUGAUUUAUUAGUCGAUCGAUAUAUUCAGAAAAAAAGGCGGAAAAGUGUGUACAUACAAAGAGCAUCAACGUAAGGGGAGAGGGGGCUAGAGGUAUUUGGAAAAUUGGCGUAUCUCUGGAAAAUCCUAGUUACGCUCCUGCUUUGUUAUAAAUUAUUUGUAAUUGCAGUUGUCUGCAUGCCUUAGCCUAAGAGUGUAUUCUAUAGAUGUGAUGUCCUGUUGGUUUGUUGAGUUGUCUAAAGAUUAACCGGUUGUUUUUUAGGCGCUGAAGGCCAUCGAUGAAGUGGGUGACAUGCUUAAGGUGAAGUAUUCACGGAGGACACCUACCACACAUCAACGAAGCUGA